AUGGCCAGCCUACCGCUCACAUUUGAUGUCGAGAGGAGCACUGAUGACUGGGUCUUCAUGUGCUUCUUUGUGGGAAAUGACUUCCUUCCUCACCUGCCGUCGUUAGAGAUUCGAAUAUGUGGAUUUUAUACUUUUAGGGCAGUUUUAGAAGAUGACAGAAAGAAAAGAGAAAGAGAAUGAAGAGAGAUCAACCAGCUUUCACUCCUGGUGGAAUAUUAACCCCUCAUGCCUCGGGUUCAAGAAAUUCACCAGGUUCUCAAGUAGCCAGUAAUCCGAGACAAGCAGCCUAUGAAAUGAGGAUGCAGAAUAAUUCUAGUCCUUCAGUAUCUCCUAAUACGAGUUUCACUUCUGAUGGCCCGUCUCCGAUAGGAGGAAUUAAGCGAAAAGCAGAAGACAGUGACAGUGAACCUGAACGAGAGGAUAACGUCAGGCUUUGGGAAGCUGGGUGGAAGCAGCGGUACUACAAGAACAAAUUUGAUGUUGAUGCAGCUGAUGACAAAUUCCGUCGUAAAGUUGUACAGUCUUACGUUGAAGGGCUCUGCUGGGUUCUUCGAUAUUAUUACCAGGGCUGUGCUUCCUGGAAGUGGUAUUAUCCAUUUCAUUAUGCACCAUUUGCUUCAGACUUGGAAGGUAUUGCAGACAUGCCUUCUGAUUUUGAGAAGGGUACUAAACCGUUUAAACCACUGGAACAACUUAUGGGAGUUUUUCCAGCUGCAAGUGGUAACUUCCUACCUCCAUCGUGGCAGAAGCUCAUGAGUGAUCCUGAUUCUAGCAUAAUUGACUUCUACCCUGAAGAUUUUGCUAUUGAUUUAAAUGGGAAGAAAUAUGCCUGGCAAGGUGGGGAAACAGAUACAGAGCUGCUAUAUAAUCGUGCCCCAGGUCACCCAGCUGGUGAGCCACACACCCACGUGGGCUGGAUCCAGAGGCAUCCUACUGAUUAGUAUGUAGCAGGUGCUCCAUAAAUAUUGGCUGAAUUAAUGGAAGAACAACAAAAAAUCU